CUCGUGCUCCUACCGGCGGGGCUGAGGUCUGACUCUAUUAGUUAGACACACUCUGUUCUCUGCUGUCCUUUUCAUUCCCCCCCACCCAAAACACGAAUGCAAGACCGAGUCGAGGAGCUGUCCACUUCAGCACCGCCAGCGGUACAGCCCGGUACAACCCAGGCAGAGCCUCAUGAUGAAGAUGAUGAUGAUGAUGCUGCUGAGUGCAUGCGGACUGCAGUAACACACCAGCGGCAGCACCAACAGCCCCGCAUUCCUCCAUCCACACAGCCACCUGAGCCUCCGGUGCAAUGGUCCAUGCCAUCUCCAUCUGUAGUGGCUGGUCUGGCAGGAGAGGGUAUCUGAAGAACAGCAGCUCCAUGGACUAAAAAUACACUCACAGACACAAGUCACAGGAGUUCACAAGCUGACCCGAACAGGAAAGGGAUCUCUGUCUUUCUCUGUCUGUCUUUUCUUCAGUCUUCAUCUCAGUGUCACUUUGUGUUGUACUGUUAUGACGCCAUGUCUCAAACUGGAAAAGUCCUUCAUUUGUAUGUGGAGGUGAGAUCCCCACCAGAGCAUGAUGGGAAAGGUAGUUCCUGUGAGACGACAGUGGACCAAGAUGGUCCCGUUGAGGCUUUGACCAAAUUAGCACAGGCGGCAUCUGGAUUUACCACAACUCCCAGCAGCACAUUCAAACCAAAUGUAAGCUUCCUACUACAGCCCUCACACAGUUCUCUGGAUUCCCCUCAAAGACGCAGCAUUCCCCAGCAAGAACCAUUCCAGCAGGUGUCCUCUGGCCUCAAUAACAACAUUGACUGUAAACAAUUGAAACAUGUCCACUCGUUGUCAUACUCUGGACGGACAUCUGGUCCGGGGACUCCUUGUCGAGCCUGCAGUCAUCACCAGGACUCUAAACCAGAGCUCGGACAGAGGUCCGUGGUUACUUUCAGCUACAUUGAGAAGCCCCACAUCAAAACUGUAGAGAGUCCUUGUAACAGUCCCAGUGGAAUAAAGGAGGCAGCGGCUUGCCCACGUAAGAGGUGUAGUGAUCCAAAGCGGUCUCGACCUGCUCAAUCUUCCUGCAAUAAUAGUCCAUUUCACCAGCACAUGGGUUAUCCGGGAUUGUGUUCCUCUACUUUGGAUCCCAUUGGUAAAGCUGCAACACAGCGAGCCCUGGAGGAGUUUGGCUCUCCCCAGUUGAGGUGUAAGUUUUCCCGUGGCCCAGACUGGAGUCCGGAGUUUCACCAACGCCAGAGGGCACGAUGCCAGUCUUGGGCAGGUUCACCAGUGCCAAACUGCAGUGCCUACCGCCAUGAUCCUGACCCAGGCAGGGUAGGAGCUGCAUGUGGUGUCUCCAAAAGCCCAGCAUCAGAUGCUAUCUCAUCCCACACGGGGCAUAACAGCCAGCAGAAAUCCACCUCCAGGUCCCAAGGAUGCCCCAACCAGAACCUCUCUUCAAAACAAGACACUUCCACUUCAGUCAGUCAAAGUUGGGGAAGCCGGGCUGAAGACAGGCCUCUGUCAGGACAAAGAACCAGCCUCACAAACACACCCACUCAUGGUUUGAACCAGCUGAGUGGAAGCAAUAACUCAUCAGCCCUGAAAAGUCCUGAGGUUGCCCGCAAGAUUGCAGAAGAGGCCACCAAGGUGUCAACAAUUUUCAACGAGGUCCGCAGUUCUCCUCCUCCCAUUGUUUUCAGAUCUAAUGUAAGCAGCACAAACUAUGGCUAUUCUUCUAGAGAAAUCCAGCAUGAGACCUUACAACAGAGUCCAGUGCAGCAUUUGGCUGUUAAGAUGAACAUACCUGUGCAUGAAGACCAUUCUACAACAAAUGGGGUUCCUCCGCACCUGCAUGAAGCAACAGCUACUAAGAGCUCAGAUUUAAGAGAUGACUUGGCCAAUCACUCAUUCUGCUCUGUACCAGUGGGAGCACCUGAUUCUCCAGCCCUCCCGUCUCGUCUUCUUCGUCCAAGUCUGUCCAAUGCAGACGUGUGUUCUCCACUCCGAGAUCCACGUCAGCUUAGAGCUGACCUGCCAGUCUCUGACAGCCCCACUUUACACCGUCACAAGCCUCCACAAUACACUGGAGAGGAGUGGACCUCUGGGGAACCCUGGUUCCUGGACGAGGAGGACUGGGAUGACCAUGUAAUUGCAGAAAGCGUGGAGAUCUCCAGGCGGUUGUUUAUCGGUCAGAGUGUGGACGAUUCUCCAGUCAGCUGGACAUCUAGACAGCAGUGGAAAGAGCAGGCAAAGAAAGAGGAAGUGAAGUUCAGUUUGACAGAAAAACUUGAAGGGACUCUCAAGGGAAGCAGUCCAGUGUACAGAAAAAGGAAUAGGGUUGAAGUCACAGAACAAGGAGAGGAGAAUGUUAGCAAUUCAGUAUGUGGAACAAACCACAGCCUAGGGGAAAGUGUAGAGGAGAUGACCAGGAUAACACAGCAACAGAGACAGGCAGAAUGGAGGAGAAGGCAGGCUUUGCUUCUAGGGCCAGUGGUAUUAGAAGAGGGAGAUGGGGAGAGAGGGGAGGAUGAACAGGGGUUUGGAGAACACCAGGCUUUGGCUGGGUCAUCCCCGAGCUCCAGUGGAGUAACGGGAAGCCUAGGAGACAGAGAUUGCAUCUCACCUGAGUCCAGCCAGAACAGCAACCACUCAGAUCACCCAUCAUCAGGAAUACAGUCGGAUGGCGGUUCUUUGGUGCCAGGUCCAUCUCUGCACUGUCAGAAAAUUGCUCGUGCCAAGUGGGAGUUUCUGUUUGGCACUCCAAUAGAAAACACUGCCAGCGAACGAGAGAAGAAUGUUCCAGAAUCCUCCACAGCUCCACCAAGUGGUCACUCCACCCCAAUCCCGCCCUCUUUUCUGCCACUUGAGGAGCUUGCUCUGAGAGCUAAUCACGAUGUUCAACAUGUAGAGGUGGAGUUAGUGACUCCGCCCCCUGCCGCCCCAGGCACCUCCCCCAAAACUGGCAUAAUUCGGCGAACUUUAAAAUACUCCGAGACUGAUCUGGACGCCGUUCCGUUACGAUGUUAUCGGGAGACAGACAUAGAUGAAGUGCUGUUAGCAGAGCAAGAGGACGCUGACUCAGCGUUUGGAAGUAACCGAAGUGUCAUGGGAACUUCCUGCGCUGGGAGCAGCCCUCUAGGAGAGAUGCCGAAUGAAAGAACAGAUGGACAGGAGGAUGAGGAAGAGGAAGAGGAGGAGGUUGCGAGCUGGGUCACUGUCAGGAUGCAGGGCGACGUGAGGAGAUUGCUGGCUGAUCAGGAGAGAAACGAAGAAGAGGAGUUUUACAGCAUGAUGCUAAAGAGGCCCCGAGAUCAUUUCAUUAACGACCACCCGGCUCUGAAAUCCCCCAUCCUGGUCCGUGGCCCUCGAAGAAGGUCCGGAGACAGUUUGGACACAUUCAGCCGGCAUUUUGAGAACAUCAUGGAGUCACAUCGUGCCAAGGGCACCUCCUACAGUAGUCUGGACAGUCUUGACCCUCUGACCUCUAGCACUCAAACGGUCCUGACCUUUGACCUCCCCACACUGACUCCGCAAGUGCAGGGUCAGAUCUACCAGAGUGUGCGGCAAAUCGUGGAGCUCAGCUUUGCUCCAUUGGCUCACAUAGAGAUGCCCAGCCUCUCAGAGUCUGUGCUGACAAUAACAGGGGACACCGAUGCCACACGGGCGCCAUCCAGUGAACGUCUCAGCAGUGGGUCCGACGAUCGCAACGGGCAAAGCUGGCAGAGCAACCCAGCACUUUCAAUGCCCAGAGAGAAAUCUCCUCGCUUUGCUGCAGACCCAGAGUUGGAUCAGGAACUGAGCGAGCGUUUGGGUUUAGGCAGUAAUGACACUCUCAGUAACGGCAACCGCGCUGACCUGGAAGCUGCCAAACGUCUGGCCAAGCGGCUCUUCAACCUUGACGGCUUCAGGAAGUGUGACAUUGCACGUCAUUUGUGUAAAAACAAUGACUUCAGUCGCAUGGUAGCAGAGGAAUAUCUGCACUACUUCAAUUUUACAGGAAUGACUUUGGACCAAGCACUAAGGGCAUUUCUAAUAGAAUUUGCUCUGACGGGUGAGACACAGGAGAGAGAGCGAAUCUUAGCACACUUUUCCCGUCGAUAUCUGCAGUGCAAUUCAUCUCUCACACUAUCCGAAGACAGUGUCCACACGCUGACCUGCGCCCUCAUGCUGCUCAACACAGACCUGCAUGGCCACAACAUUGGAAAGCGAAUGUCCUGCACUCAGUUCAUCGGGAAUCUGGAAGGAUUAAACAGCGGCAAUGAUUUUCCUAAAGACCUCCUCAAGGCCCUGUACAACUCUAUUAAAAAUGAAAAGCUGCAGUGGACAAUCGAUGAAGAAGAGUUACGUAAGUCGUUUUCGGAGCUGGGAGAGCAGCGAGGGGAAUCAAACUCCAGAGGAAUGAAGCGGACGGGCAGCGGUUUAGUUUCUCCAUCUGGUGCACUUCUCUAUAAAACAGGUUUCUUGGUGAGGAAGGUCCACGCUGACUGUGACGGAAAGAGAACACCUCGUGGGAAAAGAGGAUGGAAAACAUUUUAUGCUGUUCUUAAGGGACUCAUCCUUUACCUGCAGAAGGGCGAGUAUCGGCCGGAUAAACAGCUAUCCGAUGAGGAUUUGAAGAAUGCCGUGUCUAUUCACCAUUCCUUGGCCAUCCGAGCCACAGACUACAGCAAACGGCCAAACGUGUUUUACCUCCGGACCGCUGACUGGAGAGUCUACCUCUUUCAGGCCCCGAAUGCUGAACAAAUGCAGUCUUGGAUCACACGCAUCAACACGGUGGCGGCCAUGUUUUCAGCCCCGCCCCUCCCUGCUGCCAUUGGCUCACAGAAGAAAUUUAGUCGACCACUGCUGCCAGGCUCCGCCUCCAAGCUAUCGCAGGAGGAGCAGGUACAGGCUCAUGAAUCCCGAUUUCGCUCCAUCUCCACUGAGCUCGUACAACUGCGCUCUUAUCCACCUGACCGAAAGGUGAAAGGUCGCGAACUUGAAGAGUACCGACUGAGAGAGGAAUAUCUAGAGUUUGAGAAAACGCGCUACGAGACGUACAGCAUGCUCCUGCGGGCGAAGCAGCGCUGCGGCGACGAUGACCUGUCUGUGUUUGAAGCCAUGCUCCUGGAGGAAGGGGCGCUGCAGAGAGCUCAGUCCAGCCCCUCGCUGCAGGACAGCAGUUUGACCUGCAGCACCAGAGACGGUCCGAGCCAGAGCACCGCCGCCUGCGGCGCACAAGAGCCUCCCGGCAACGGCAACAACGGCUGCUCCCGCGGCCAGGGCCAGAGACACAGCUACCGGCAGGCCGUCCGCAAGUGAAGCCGCCGCCACAUCCCACAGGAAGCUCGCUGUACUGGAGAGGAAGUGAGGUCUCUCUCUUUCCUGGGUGCGCCCUCCUGCUCUGUGUGGCAUCAGGAAGUGCUGUUGAUUCUGACUGAAUCUGACUCUGUGAUUGGCUGAUGGGUGGGUGAUGUCACAAUACAAGGUGCUAUGGAAUCUGGAUGGGAGAACGUGUUUCUCGGAGGAUGCAUAAAAUGUUCCUUUGCCUUCUAGUUCUCGGUUUCUUCUGCGACCUUUCGCCUAAAGCCAUUUCAUCGCACUACUAAGGCCUGGUGUGCCUAAACAUCUUCAAAACCAUAUAAAAAUACAUUUUUAGUUUUGCAUCCCUAGAAAUGACUUACAAGGCAUAUUAAAAAUUCACGCGUACGACGCCUGAGAACGCUCGACAAGGCGACGUCACAGGUAAAACACAAAGCUUGUUAUUUGUCAUACGGGCGUCUGUUUUCAUGUGGUGUUCGGGACCGGUAGACGAACAGAAAACAGGUAUCUGGACUAACUAGCCCGUAUGCAACUAGUCAUUUCUACAUGUUGUUCUCCAGCAUUAGCGAUCUGUAAUUGUACAAUAAUGCACAGGGACAUCAUAGUCACAAAAUACACCUUACAGUUCAUCCAUUUGCGCAGCAAAACCCCGUUUUGCCCUAAAACGUCUUUUGCACUGAACACUAAGUAUUAUUACACUGCAGAACUCAUUUGCUUAAUCAGUAUUUUUGUUUUUUUUUUCAGUAAAAAUAUUUAAACGUCCUUAAAACGAGAUCUAUUUAGUUGAGAAACAAAUUUUGGAUAUUGAGUCUUGAAUUAAGUUUGUUUUCUCACCCCAUCGACAGAUUGUUUUUGGGGGUUUUUAAGCACAAACCUCAAUAAAUUUUGUUAGAUUUAAGCUUUAAACAGGAAAAAUUGAUUUCAAAAUAAGAAAAAUAAACUUAAUUCAAGAUAAAUUCUCUGAGAACAAGUCUUAAUAAGCAAAAUUACAUUUUAAGGAUGUUUAGAUUUUGCUCACUGAAAAUUAAAAUGAGAUCUAUUUAGUUGAGAAACAAGUUUUGGAUAUUGAGUCUUGAGUUAAGUUUGUUUUCUCACCCCAUCGGCAGAUUUUUCAUAGUUUUUUAAGCACAAACCUCAAUCAAUUUAGUUACAUUUAUGCUUUAAACAGGAAAAAUUGAAUUCAAAAUAAGAAAAAUAAACUUAAUUCAAUAUAUAUUCUUUGAAAACAAGUCUUAAUAGACAAAAGUUGAGAACUUUUGUAUAUUGAGUCUUGAAUUAAGUUUGUUUUCUCACACCACCUUCUACUUUUUAAGCACAAACCAUUGCUAAAUUUAGUUCGAUUUAUGCUUUAAACGGGAAAAAUAAACUUAAUUCAAGAUAUUAUCUCUGAAAACAAGUAUCAAUAUGCAAAAGGUCGUUUAGAUAUUUUUAGUGAAACAACAAGACAAAAAAAUAAACGUUUGAGAAAAUGAUUUCUGCAGUCAAGCGAACGAACAGAGACGCGUAACUUUUGUCUGUAUAGUUCAUUUCUUGAAUAUGCUCUAUUUUAGCUUCUUGUCCUUGUCUUUCUGCAUUAUUCUCUUGGCUGAAUGUUGUCUGCUGUGUACGGCAUGGCUGACUAGUGACAAUCUUUGGUGUUUGUUUGGUUCAACACAAACCGGGAGGAGGCGCGCGGUGUGUAGUUCAUGAGUCAAACGAACCUGUUACCCACGCAGCGCACUGAAUGUCAUCUUUUUCCUGUUAAAUGCAGUUAGUCAGUGUUUAAGACGCACUUCCCCUUAUUGCUUUCUUAUGUAAUCGAUGAGAGAGAGUGUGUAUAUGCGCAAAAAUAUAUCACCUAUAUAAGGAAUGUUUUAAAACUUAUAAUGAAUGUGGUUGUCAAAAUCCAAACUGCCACAUGCAAUAUUCAGCAUAGGCCUGUUUGUGUGAUCAACGCAUAUGUGGAUGUUUAAUUUACACGGCACGCGGCUUCCUGUGACACGAUGAUGACGAAUAUACUUCGAACGGGUGCUUGAAACCGUUGAAUGUACCAUGUGUUUGACCAUGGUGACGAGAUUCUGGCAUCACAUUUCAAUCUCGAGCAUUGUUUUUCUUUCAUGGUUCCUUUUGCGGAUAUUGUGUGGUGUUUCAGUGGUGUAAAAAACGAACUCUCUGAGUCUUGAGUCGAAAGUUACAGUGUUACGGUGAGUCUAAAGGGCAAAAGAAAUACAAGAGGUCUAAAAGUGAAAAAAAAAAAUGUCUGUUUAUGAACUUUGUAAAGUUGUUUGGGUGAAUAUUGCAAGAAAACAUGUCCAAGUCACAUUUCACCCCAAAGUCAAGGAAAAAAAAAGAUUUUUUAGGACUAUUAGGGGAUUAUUUAUUUGAUAUUGGCAUUGUGACGUUAUUUUCAUGACAAAUAAGCACUUUUAUCUCCAAAUCCCACUAUUGUAAUGCAUUUACUUUGCAAUUCCCAUUAUUUUUAGUGGCAAUACACAUUAGAUUCUGUUUACUCUAUUAGAGUGACAUGUAUGUGUGUGUGUAUGUAUGUAUGUAUGUGUGUGUGUGUGUGUGUGUGUAUGUAUAUAUAUAUAUAUAUAU